CUUCUCCGGCCUCUACAGACAUCGCUUCGCCAGUCAUUCGGCGGCGGACAGUGCGGACACGACGUGAGAACGCGCGAUAAACUUUCGGAAGCUCUCGAGAGAGCGCGCGUUAGCGAGCUUUUCGUACUUUUUCCGAACAUUAAGAUGAAAUUUUGAAAAUUUUUCCAAAAAAAAAAAACGAAAAAUGGCUUUUUUGAAAUUAGUCAUUUUAGUAAAUCUUGUGAGUUUGUCAUGGUGCGUCAGCGAAAACUUUCUGAAAAUGUUCGAGGGUCAACAGACUCCUGCGGACCCGUGUUACGACGAAGACCGUCCUCGACGUUGCAUUCCGGACUUUGUCAAUGCGGCUUUCGGUGUUCCUGUCAAAGCAUCUUCGACUUGUGGAUUACACGCUCCCGUUCACUAUUGUGAAGCACCCGAACCUGGUGCUACACCGCAGUGUCACAUUUGCGAUAACAGUUUGACCAAAAGUCGAUUUCCUUCUGUCCAUUUGACCGAUUUGAAUAAUCCCAAUAACGUCACUUGUUGGAGAAGUGAACCGCUUCCUCCUGUUACAUCUAUUGAUGCUCCUCCAGAUAACGUGACGCUUACUUUGAGCUUGGGGAAAAAAUAUGAAUUGACUUAUGUGAGCUUGCAAUUUUGUCCUAAUACACCUAAACCAGAUUCUAUUGCUAUUUACAAAAGUAUGGAUUAUGGAAAAACUUGGCAACCCUUUCAAUUUUAUUCUAGUCAGUGUCGUAGAGUUUAUGGUAGACCCAAUAGAGCCACUAUAACCAAAGCUAACGAGCAAGAAGCCAGGUGUACAGACGCUCACCGAUAUACUGGAGGAGAUUCUUUUGGUUUUGGUCAAACUUCCAGAAUUGCAUUUAGUACUUUGGAAGGACGUCCAAGUGCUUUGGAUUUUGAUAACUCGCCCGUGUUGCAAGACUGGGUAACUGCUACAGAUAUUAAAGUAGUCUUCAAUCGCCUUCACAUGCCUCUGGAAGACUUAUCUGACAAUCUGGAUCUUCUUGUAGAUGAAAACAUGUACAACAAGCAACACUUUGACGAAGAAAACCUAACCAGAGAACCUUCAGUUCAAUUAGUGAACGAAAUGCAAGUUUUAGAUAACGAGGCUUCAUCGUCGGGCACUAAUACCAAACCUACGGUAGCUUUGGAGAUGGCUUCCAACGGUAUCCACGGAUACCAUCAAGUGACGCACCAGUACGCGGUGGCCGAUUUCGCUGUGGGAGGACGUUGCAAGUGCAACGGUCACGCAAGUCGUUGCGUGAUCGGCCGGGAUGGGCAAUUAGCUUGUGAAUGUAAACAUAACACCGCCGGCAGGGAUUGUGAGAGAUGCAAGCCGUUCCAUUUCGAUAGGCCCUGGGGCCGUGCUACUGCCAGGGAUGCCAACGAAUGCAAAGCUUGCGAAUGCAACCAACACGCUAGAAGAUGUAGAUUCAAUAUGGAACUCUACAAAUUGUCUGCUAGAACUUCAGGUGGAGUUUGUUUGAAAUGUCGUCACUAUACCGCUGGAAGACAUUGUCACUAUUGUAGAGAAGGUUUCUACAGAGAUCCUACCAAAUCGAUUACUCAUCGAAAAGCUUGCAAACCUUGCGAUUGUCAUCCAAUAGGGGCCUCAGGAAAAACGUGUAACCAAGCUACUGGACAAUGUCCAUGCAAAGAUGGUGUUAUUGGGAUCAACUGUAACCGGUGUGCUGUGGGAUAUCAGCAAAGUCGUUCUCAAAUUGCACCAUGUGUCAAAAUCCCUGUAGUCCAAAUGAUGGCAACAGAAGAAGACGAUGAUGGCUACCACGAAGCAGACCCGGAUUCGCAAGGGUCGGGAGAUCACUGCGGAAAAUGCAAGGCCGCCACAAAAAGACUAAACAUGAACAAAUACUGCAAAAGAGAUUACGCUUUGAUAGCCAAGGUCCUAUCCCAGAUCGAAAACAGCGACGAAGAGCACACCAAAGGCUGGGCCAGGUUUAUGAUCAACGUAGAAUACAUCUACAAGAAACCGAAAGGUACCAGAAUUCGCACUGGCACUAUGCGCAUGCUCGUGCCGAUGGCUGAUUUGAAUUGUAAUUGCCCCAAGAUUAAAGCAAAUAGAUCGUAUUUGUUCUUGGGGAGAGAAAAAGACGAUUCUCCCGUAGGAGUAGUGACCGGUAGCCUGAGCGUGACCCAGAGAACGAUCGUCAUCGAAUGGCAACAAGAGUGGGACCAGCGUAUGCGCAGAUUCCGUCGCAGAUCCCGGAAAUGCAAGUAAACAUUUUAAAAGGCAAAACGGUUUAUUUCGUAAAGUUGCGCACGCGCGCUAACGGUUUCACUGUGAUUUAAUUUAUAUUUUAGUUUGUUUUUUUUUUUUGGCUAGUCGGGAUUAGCUAGGAGUAGCACACAGUAACAAAUAAUGCCAUUGAUUGAAAAUACUGCCCCUAGUUAGUUUUCACGAGCUUUUAUAUUUUGUACUCAGUAUUGAAGAAAAAAAUCUAUUAUUGAGGCCCUUGUUACUUACCAUUAUUUUGCACUGUACCAAAUAAUGCAUUUUAUUGUCGCGCCGAUUUAGCUUUUAAAUAAAUUUUGUAAUUUUAUAUAUUUUGUAAAUAUAUUUUACGAUACGCCACAACAGCUGAAGUUUAUAUAGAAAUUUUGUAUUAUUUAUUUAUUUUUUUUGUUCAUUUUUUUUUAUUAUUCUUUAAGCGCUAUUAUUAGUAUGAUUGAGGAGUGAGUGAAAGAAUCUUUAGAAAUAUAAUCAAUACUAAUUUUCUGUAUUUAUUAUUCUUUGUAUGUCUUUUCAACCUACUUACGUAUUUAUUUAAACAAAAAUUUUAUUCAAUUAUUGUGUGAAUGCGAAUGGUAUUUUUUUGAAUUAAAAAAAAAUGAUAUCCGAGACUGUACAGUAUUAAAAAUAAUUUGCUAACAAAAAAAUAUUCCAAUAAUAAUCUGUUACAAUUUUAAUUAAAAUUAAAUUGUAUACAUUUGUGUAACAUUUAACUAGUUCCUAGAGGCUAUAAUUAUUAAUCUAAAUGUUAUCAUUAGCUAUAUCUCCCGGAAUUUUUGUUUGGAAUGGUAGUAGAGGACAAAAAUAAGGUUUUCCAAAUAAGUAUCCAAAAAAAGUGGCCAAUUUUUGUAUAAUUUUUGUCUCUUCUGCCAUUUCAAACAAAAGAAAACACAAAUUAACCGACUAUAGAUAUUAGUGUUUGGUGUUAACAUAUCAGACUAUUUAACGUGUUGUAGCAAUAUCAUGCUCUCUUUCUUAUAUCCACAAUCUUUGGAAGACUAUACUAUAGACUUAGAUAUUUACUACCUUAAUCUUAAAACUAAAUUACUCUAAUUUUUUCUAGAAAUUUUGUAAAUUGUUUUUUUCUACUUCAACAAUAAACCAAAUUCUGAAUAAAUACUUGAGAAUACAAUCUUCUGCAUGA